UUUUUUCAAACACCCAAGAAAACCGAAAAUUAACAGUGGUUUUUUAAUUAAUAAUCGAUUUUUAAUUAAUUAAAACGAAAUAUCGAGUAAUUUCAGUAUAAUCCACGAUAUCACAGUUGUUUCGAACGUAUUCAAGUGACCGAGUAAGUUCGCGAUUUCGUAUCUUUCGUGAUAGCAACAUUCAUUGGGCCAACCGUCGACUAACUUCCACUCGAAAAUAAUAUUAUGAAUUGCUAAAAAUCGAACACAAACGCCAAGUACUCGUCUUCAAUUCCAGCUCCGAAGGUUAUGUGAAAGAAGCCCUUGAAAUCGACUAUCAAAAUGAACAAGUUCCUAACGCAGAAAUUCAGCAACUUGAAAUUGAAAAGUGACUCGUAUACUCCUUUGAAAGAAGACGCCGAUAUUUCAGAAAGUGAAAACAACGAGAACUUGCCCAAACCGUCAACUCCUGUCAGUAAUGGAGUAUUAGUUCUCUCGAGUAAGAAACCACUCCAGAAUAAUAAAUCGUUCAAGAUUCAUAAACGAAGUAGACAUCAAAAGAAUAAAAAAGAUCGUCGAAGAAAUUUAUUCCAAGAGAUUCAGAAUAAAAUGCAGACACUGAAAACGGAUAUUCAAGCAGGAUUAAAAAAUCAUCAGACUGGAAACAAAACGCCAAAUUGUAUUACUCCUAAUCGUCACAUACGACAUAUGCUUGGACGAACGCCGACCAAAUUAUAUAGUCCUUUUUCAAUCGAAACACCUCCACCGAGUUUCCACUGGCGGAGAGAGUUUGCCGAUGAAGUGCAAGGCACUCCCGUUACAAACGUUGGAUGGCAACCAUCUCCGAAACGUAAUUGUGCAGAAACGCGAAAAACGCUACAUAAUACUUUCAUCUGAUUGAAUCUUUUAUUCUGCAGUAUUUUAAGCCCAGCGGAGCCCGGUUUCGAACAAAUAAUGGAUUAUUUUAUGUUAUAAAUGACACCUAUUUUUAAUAAUUAUUGAUUCCUAGAUCACUUGUUUUUAUUGUAAUUUAUUUUUUGUACUUAUUUUUUUAAUUUUUGCAUCAACAUUUUUUUUUAUAUCACACAUUUUAUUUGUAUGUUGGUUGUUGAAAGGACAGUGAGAAUAAACUAUACAUAAAAAUUCCA